GACGUCAGAGGGAUAACACUUAGCAGAAGCGAAACAGCGGCUAACUCUGGAGAAACAACAGUUCGAUUCCCUUGAGACGGAUCGAUAUUAACACAUUCUGCUCACCCUACUUAACGGGAACACCGGGGAGAGUGCACGAUCUCCGGUUUCAGCUGUCACACUCGUGUUUGAGGAAGAUAGCCGGGGUUGUGCUAACUGUGGCUAACGAGCUAGCAACACCUUCAUCUGGGGAGGAAAAGAGCUUCAACACCUGUUAGUAUGGAGAAUAAAUACAACCUCAAGAGUCCAGCGGUGAAGAGGCUGAUGAAAGAGGCUGCUGAGCUGAGGGAUCCCACAGAGCACUACCACGCCCAGCCACUGGAAGAUAACCUCUUUGAAUGGCACUUCUCCGUUCGUGGGCCCCCCGACUCUGAUUUCGACGGUGGCGUUUACCACGGCAGGAUCGUGCUUCCACCAGAGUACCCCAUGAAGCCCCCCAGCAUCAUCCUCCUCACGCCGAAUGGAAGAUUCGAAGUUGGCAAGAAAAUUUGUCUGAGCAUCUCUGGACACCAUCCAGAGACCUGGCAGCCAUCUUGGAGCAUCCGAACCGCCCUGAUAGCGAUAAUCGGAUUCAUGCCAACGAAAGGAGAGGGAGCGAUAGGAUCUCUUGAUUAUACUCCAGAGGAGAGGAGGGCUCUUGCCAAAAAGUCCCAGGACUUCUGCUGUGAGGGGUGCGGCUGCUCCAUGCACUCGGCCCUCCUGGCUCUGACCCCCAACAGUAACCUCAGCGCAGAGGACCACAAGGCCCAAGAACUGGCCCAGCAAAUCAACUUCAAGGAAGAGUCCAGUUUAUCCAGACAGGCGAGCGAGAGCGGAGGUGCAGAAAGUGAACCUCCCACACUCAGCGAGGGAGACGCCUCCACGUCUGCAGGCCAGGAGGAGUCUGAAGGUCCUGAGCAGGUGGAGGCGUCUCCUCCGUCCACAGGAGUGGAGGGGCCCGCCCCCGCGGCCCCCGGUCGCCCCCUCAGCCCCCGCCAGCGCCGCGCCCAGCAGCACCGCCAGCAGGUCCAGAGCCGUCCGGUCUCCGCCGCGGCUGCUCGCCAGCCUCAGGGCGACAGCCACGCCGGCUCGGUGGUCCUCAUCGUGCUGCUCACUCUGGCCCUCGCCGCCCUCAUCUUCCGCCGGGUCUACCUGGCCAACGAGUACAAGUUUGACUACGAGCUGUGACAGGCUCCUCCCACUUCCUCCUCCUCACCCUCCUCACCCUCUAGUCAACCUCCCAGAACAGAACUAUGGCCAGCCGAAGUGGAACCAGAGCCGAGACGAUGGCCGACACUGACUUUCUCCGCCGAGGGGGAAACUUCCAUUCCACCUCACCACAACACCUCCGGGGUGUCUUUUUAAUCAAUGUGAAUUUUACUCCAGAGUUUCAUGCAUUUUUUUUUUUUUUUAACCGGGAAGCACACAAACACACACACACACACACACACACACACACACACACACACACACACACACAUAUAUAUACACACACACACACUCACACACACACUCUACAUGUAACCCCUCCAUGUAGUUGUUCCGUCGUCGGCUCCCAUUAUUUAAUUAAAACUGUAACAUUAUAUGUCAACAAGAUUAUGGGGGAUUUAAAUGAAAGUAAUGGUUUAAUCAUGGAGGCGUUUUCACAGACUGUACGUGCUAUAAUGACUUCUUCUUUACGCGCUUUGACUUUCUGUUUGGUCGGAUCAGUGACACCAGACGGGGCUCUAUUUUAGCGGUGCAACCAGACGUUUUGGUUCAUAUUGGUGUCGUUGGUAUGAAUAUAAAGUCUGAAUUCUUCUGCAUCUCCAGGGUUCAACAUACAUGUUUUUUUUUUUU